UUUGUUCACAACCCCGCCUCGGCCUUUCUCUCGCCUCCCCCUUCAUCCCCCGGCCAGUCCCCUCCCUAACCCUCUUCCAUCCUCUACAUUAGACGGGAGUCCCCUCCCUCAGUCGCGUUCAUUUCAUACCAACUCUCAUUCCACGCGUUCCUCAGUUACUCUUUUCAAACUCCAGGGAAAAUAAAAACCCUCUCUUUUCCUAUCAAACUCUGUCCCGAACGCUGCCUCCCCUCGCCGCCGCGCAGUCUCGCCGUCCUGCUCGCCGCUCCGCGCUCUUCAGGUUCUGAGUCUGCUUCUCCACGUGGCACCUUGGAGCUUCUAGCUGGCACCAUUACCUCCAACGAGUGGAGCUCUCCUGCCUCCCCUGAGGGGAACAACGAUUCAGGGGGCAGUGAGGCCUUGGACAAACCAAUUGACAAUGAUGCUGAGGGUGUAUGGAGUCCAGACAUUGAGCAGAGCUUCCAGGAAGCGUUAGCCAUCUACCCACCAUGUGGACGGCGGAAGAUUAUCUUGUCAGAUGAAGGCAAGAUGUAUGGCCGAAAUGAGCUGAUUGCCCGUUAUAUUAAGUUGAGAACAGGGAAAACACGCACAAGGAAACAGGUAUCUAGUCACAUCCAGGUCCUGGCAAGGCGGAAAGCCAGAGAGAUCCAAGCCAAGCUCAAGGAUCAGACAGCUAAAGAUAAAGCUAUGCAGAGUAUGGCUACAAUGUCAUCUGCCCAGAUUAUCUCUGCAACUCCCUUCCAUAGUAAAAUGGCCUUGCCAGGUCUCCCACGAUCAGCCUAUCCUGCUGUUUCAGGGUUUUGGCAAGGAGCUUUGCCAAGCCAAGCUGGAUCUUUGCAAGAUGUGAAACCUUUUUCUCAACAACCCUAUGUUCUACAGCCUUCACUGCCAUUACCUGGAUUUGACUCUCCCACUGGCCUCCCACCUUCAUCAUCAGGACCAGCUUGGCAAGGACGAAGGGUUGCUAGCUCCAAACUUUGGAUGUUAGAGUUCUCAGCGUUCUUGGAACAGCAAGAUCAAGACACGUAUAACAAACACCUGUUUGUGCACAUCGAGCAUUCAAAUCCCAGCUACAGUGAUCCCUACCUUGAGGCAGUGGAUAUCCGACAGAUCUAUGACAAGUUCCCUGAGAAAAAAGGGGGCCUGAAAGAACUGUUUGAAAGGGGGCCAGCAAAUGCCUUCUUCCUUGUCAAAUUCUGGGCUGAUUUGAAUACCAAUAUUGAAGAUGAAUCCAGAUCUUUCUAUGGUGUUUCCAGCCACUAUGAGAGCCAAGAAAAUAUGGUCAUUACCUGUUCCACUAAAGUGUGUUCCUUUGGAAAGCAGGUAGUGGAGAAAGUGGAGACAGAGUAUGCACACUAUGAAAAUGGACACUAUUCCUAUCGCAUUCAUCGUUCUCCUCUCUGUGAAUACAUGAUAAACUUCAUUCAUAAACUCAAGCACCUUCCUGAGAAGUAUAUGAUGAACAGUGUGCUGGAGAACUUUACUAUCUUACAGGUGGGACUUAGAACUGUAUUCCUUGGAACUUGGAAACAUGUUGUAACAAACAGGGACACACAGGAGACCUUGCUGUGCAUAGCAUAUGUUUUUGAGGUGUCAGCUAGUGACCAUGGUGCCCAGCAUCACAUCUACCGACUGGUGAAGGACUAGAGACUAUCUGCCCUGAGUCAUCCAUGAGAUGCAUGUCUGAGGAAAAAGUCUGUGCUUGAAAACCUCUUGUCUCCUUUCACCAAAUUGAAAAAUAAACUGCAGAUACUGUGUAUUUUCAGAAAAGCACCUCCAAUCUA